AUGAGUCAGCGGGCGAGGCAGGCCGACGGCCGGCAGCAGGCGGCAGCCGCCCUGGCUGCUGCCGGCAGCGGCGGCGCCCCCGCGCCCGACGGACCGCCGCCCGCCCGCGCCGGCAGCUACCGCCCGCCCAACGCCUCGAUGCGGGCCAAGCAUCGCGUGGCUCCAGCGUACACGGCCGACAGGUUUGAGAAAGAGGUGCUGGGGGGGCGGCUGUGGCACGCGCCCUGCCAGGAAGCUUCCCACGACAUCAGCGAGCAGAUACCGCUCUCCUUCCCCUCCAUGGACGAUUAUGUGUGCACCUUUGAGCCGCUGGUGCUGGAGGAGGCGCGGGAGGGGCUGAAAGCUGACUGGGCAGAGAGCUGCGCGGCCGGGGGGCGCGGCUGGGCCGUGGAGGUGGCCAGCGUGGAGGAGACGGCAGACGGUUGGUGCAUGCUGCGGGUGCGGGCGCUGGCGGGGCACGGCGACAUGAAGCGGGCCUGCCAGCCCAACUCAGUGGCGGUUCUGACCGACGGCCGACCGCCGCCCCGCGGAGCCAUAGAGUGGGUGCAGGCGCAGGUGGCCGGCAGCGGCGGCCGCGGCGCCAAGCGGCAGCGGCUGGACGCGGUUGCGGCGGCGGCGGCGGCGGCCGCAGACGCGGAGGGGCCUGCUGCUUCAGUGGACAGCAGCGGCGGCAAUGGCGGGCAGGACGGCGACGAGGCCGCAGACAGCUCGGCGGCGGCGGCAGGCGCAGGGGCUGGGUGGGCGAGCAGCCGGGUGGGGACGCCGGGCCCGGGGGAGGCGCCGGCCGUGGCGGGGCGGGUGGUGGCGGGUAUGGUGCGGCGAGGCAAGGAAGACGAGCUGGUGAUGCAGAUCCACCCCGCCUGCGCCGCCCACGCCCACGACCGCGCCGCCUGCUGCUGGGCGGCGGUGGCGGCGCUGCAGCGGUCUGCUGCCGCGGCCGGCGGCGCCGCCAAGCGCUGGUGGUUGGUGCCGGCCAGGUCACUGAUCAGUAGCCAACGCGAGUUUGACGCGGUGCACCGCGUGCGCGCCAUCGAGCGCUCCCUGCUGCGCUUCCUGCUCCGCCCGCAGCUGCUGGCGCCCAUUGGAGAGUACUAUGACAACCCGGAGGUGCGGCGCAGCCUGUGGCCGGAGCAGGCGGCGCAGCCUGCCUUCAUCGACUACCUGCGGCAGCGGUACGACGAGACGCAGCUGGAGGCGAUAGAGAUGGCGGCCUGCCACCUGGGCGCCCCCGACUCGGCCGACGGCGGCGGCGGCCACCCGCUGCUGCCCUUUGUGCUGAUCCAGGGCCCGCCGGGCACCGGCAAGACCCACACCACUAAGGGCAUGCUCAACGUGUGGCACCUGGUGGCCUAUCAGCGGUACUGUGACGGCCUGAUCGCCGCCACCACCCCACCCGCCGCCGCCGCGCUCUCUGGGGGUGCGGCGGCGGCGGCGGCGGCCCGCCGGCAGCAGCUGGCAGACCUCAACGCCGCCGGUACCAACAUCCUGGAUGUUGUGUCCAGCAGCAUGCUGUCGCACCUGGGGCGGGCCGUGGCGCAGACCAAGCCCCGCAUCCUGGUGUGCACCCCCUCCAACGCCGCCUGCGACGAGCUGCUGACACGGGUGAUGACAGAGGGCUUUGCAGACGGCAGCGGCCGGGUGUACCGCCCCAACGUCGUGCGCGUGGGCAGCGAGCAGGGCGGCGUGAAUGCCGCGGUCAGGGACCGGCUGGUGGGCCUGAUGGUGGAUCGCUACCGCACCAUGAGCCAGGGAGACUGGCAGCGCAGGUUUGCCGACCUGCAGCAGCGCCACUCCCACGUCAGCCGGGAGCUGGAGGCCCUGGAGGUGUCUCUGGGGCGGGCGGCGCAGGCGGCGACGGCCGCCGCCGCCGCCGCAGCGCCCGCCGGCGAGCAGGCGGCGGCGCAGCAGCAGCACAUGGAGCUGGCAAAGAAGCUGGUGGACCGCGCCCAGGCAGCCGCCCGCUUCCAGCAGGAGCUGGAGCGCCUGCAGCUGGCGCGGGACCUGGUGUGGGGGCGGCAGGGCCAGGAGUGGCGGCUGCGGGAGGCGGAGCAGAGCAUCGAGGCCUCGUUCCUGUAUGAGGCAGAGAUGGUGUUCACCACGCUGAGCAGCACGCAGCGCAAAGUGUUCCAGCAGUCUGCCAGUAAGGCGCCGUUCCAUACUGUGCUGAUUGACGAGGCGGGGCAGUCGUCCGAGGUGGCGGCGCUGCAGCCGCUGGUGUUUGGGGCCAAGAGAGUGUUCCCCUCGGCCCACUUCUAUGGCGGGCGGCUGCGGGACGCCGAGUCCAUCAGGGACAUGCCGCCCGCCCCUUUCUACGCCCACCCGCUCAUGAAGCCAUACGUUUUUUUCGAUGUGGCCAAGGGCAAGGAGCUGCGGCGGGAGGGCGGCGGCAGCCUAAGCAAUCGGGCGGAGGCGCUGCUUGCGGCCUGCCUGUUUGCCGAGCUGCGGUCGUUCCUUAUUGAGCGGGCGCAGCAGCAGCCCGGCAGCAUAACGGGGCCCACAUCGGACUCACACCCAGCCGCCAUGCUGCCCCUCCCCGAGGUGUCUGCAGUGGGCGUGAUCACCCCCUACCGCGAGCAGCGCAAGCUGCUGCGCGAGAUGUUUGAGGAGGUGUGCGGCAAGGGGCCGGCCUCGGAGGUGUUCAUUGAGACGGUGGAUUCCUUCCAGGGCAAGCAGCUGGAUGUGGUCAUCCUGUCCUGCGUGCGCGCCUCGGUCGGCGGCGGCCUAGGCUUCGUCAACGACAUCCGGCGCAUGAAUGUGGCCAUCACGCGUGCGAAGCGCUCGCUGUGGGUGCUGGGGGCCAGCGCCACGCUGCGCGCCAACCGGGAGUGGGCGGCGCUGAUAGGGGACGCCGAGGAGCGCGGCCUGGUGAUUGCGGAUGCCGAAGCCCAGGACCUCUUCCCAGGCCUGUCUUACUGGCAGCGGCAGCAGGAGCAGCAGCAGCAGCAGGGGGAAGGAGGGGAGGGCAGGGCCGCGCAGCCACAGGGGCGGCGCGAGGGCUCGGCGCCGGCGCCGGCGCCGGCGGGUGCGAGUGCGGGUGCAGGGGCGGGGUUGGCCGGCCUGCCACCGCUUUCCCGGGUGCCGCCAAGUGGCAGAGCGUCUGCCGAGGUGCAGCCCCUGAUGUCCCCGGCAGCAGCGGCAGCCAUGCAGAGCUUGCAGCCGCAGCCCCAGCCGCCGCAGCCGCGCCCCAUGCUGAGCCUGCAACAGCAGCAGCAGCAGCAGCAGCAGCCCAUACCCAUGCAGCGCGCAGCCGAGCAGCAGCUGCGCCCGGCGGGGCCGACGGCGGCGCCGGGCGUGCGGCCCAUGCAGCGCCUGCAUGCCGGCCAGCAGCAGCAGCAGCAGCAGCAGCCCGGCGCGCAGGCGCGGCCUCCAGCUGCACCGUCGGCCUACCCCUCGCUGCCCACGCGGCGGCAACUGAGCUACUCCCUCAGUAGUGUCAGCAAGCUUAGGAAUAACGAUGCAGCGGUGGUGUGGUGCGCCUCCCUGGCUCAACCUCGGCUGCUGGCGGGCAGCCUGGGCUUCGCGGCGGGGGUGAUGCUAUACGUCUCCUUUGCCGAGAUCUUCAUGCGCAAGAGCGUGGCGGCGUUUGAGGCGGUGACCGCCGACGGCAAUACGGCCUACCGCUGGUCCACCCUGUGCUUCUUUGGCGGCAUGGUGCUGGUGUUCAUCCUGGACCGGAUUGUGCACCUGAUCGCCCACUGGGGCGUCAAGCGCUCGAUGCGCAAGGCGGCGGCGGCGGCCGGCGGCGCCGCCUCCGCCUCCACCACCAACCUGCUGACGCACGAAGACCAGCGCAACGCGCGGCCCCCCGCCAGCACCCCGCCCGCGGUGGCUGUCAUGCGCAAGGGGCGGCGCGCGGGUGCCGCCGGGGCCGCCGCCGCCGCCGCCGCGGCAGACCUCGAGGCCGGCGGCUCGGCAUCGGGCAGCCCGCGCAAGGGCGCCGGCGCCGGCCCCGGCGAGGGCGAGGACGCCCAGGGCGACGGCAGCGAGCGCGGCGGCUGCGAGCGCGGCGGCGGCAGGGACGUCGACGGCGACGACUGUUCCGUGAGCACCCACAUGGGCGACCUGUCUGCGCCCAUGCCCGGCCUCACGGAGCCCUGCGACGCCAUGACCUCCGCCGUCGUCGCCGCCAGCUGCCCAGACACGGUGGCGGCGACGGCCGACGGCCAGCGAGGCGGCGCCGGCGAGGGCGAGGUGGUGACGGGCGCGGGCACCUCCUCUCGCACGCCGCCGGCGGUGGUGGAGAUCAUGGAGGCGGACCACCACAGCUUCAUGCUGAAGAAGAUGGGCGUGCUGACGGCCCUGGCGCUCUUCAUCCACAACUUCCCCGGCAUGAUGGUCUACAUCUCCAUCAAGGAGCUCAUCCCCACCGCGCUGCGCUACGACCCAAAAGAUUCCCUGGCCACAUCCUGCGUGGUGGCCGGCAUGGUCGUCAUGGCGGCCUCCCUCCUGCUCUUCACCAUCUGAGCGAGGCCCCGGCAGCGAGGCCCCCCGGCUGUUGGCCCUUUUCCCCCUGAGGCGGCGGUCGCAGGGGGCGGCAGCGAGCCCCCUGCCCUGCGCCCUGUGUGGGCGGUUGGAGCUGGGGACGCCGCCUCGCUGCUGCUGCUCCUCGCCGCCCUCGGAGCCGGCCUC